UACCCAAAAAUUUUCUUCCCUUUUCCAAUCCUCCCUUCUAUCAUUGCUACUAUUAUUAUUGCUAUUGCUGCUGCUACUACUACCAUAACUAUUAAGUGAUACAACUAGAUGGGCAAAAAAAAGAUGGCAUUGGCCAAUCGGGCAUGGAGCCUACUGCGCUUGGCCCUGAUAUGGGCUCGAAAGGGUGGUGUCUUGAAACGGAGUGUAAUGUUCGACCUCCGACUCCUACCCGCCUAUCUCAGAAGCCUCAAGUCUGGCGGUGGCCACUCUGAUAGACUCCACUAUGGUGAGCGUGAAUUUUCCUUCGAAGAGACUCCCAUCUUCCAAUUCAAGACCCCAUCGAUGCGGCUCCCCCGCCUCCCUUGCAUAACUCCGGCCGUCAAUUUCGACAUUAAUGAUGAUGACUAUAUCCUCUUCAAGCGUGAGAAAAAGAAUGAAUACUCCGAUAGAGAAUCGGAGACCAAGUGUUCUAUGGACAGUGGUGAAGAUGGUCAAGAUAAUGAUGAUGAUGCGGAAUUGAUGGAGAUAGAGGAAGAACGAGGGAUUGAUUCAAAGGCUGAUGAGUUCAUAGCAAAGUUCUACACGCAGAUGAAGCUACAACGCCAAGUCUCGUUGGUUCAGUAUAAUGAGAUGCUUCAUAGAGGCAUGAGUUGA